AUGGCUAGAAAGAAGAAGAAGGGGUCCAAACAGACUGCAUCAAAAGAGCCAGCUCUCACCAGAGCCGCUCAAGAAGAGCUGGUCGCCUUGCAAGCCAUCUUCUCCAACCCCGAAGGAGAUGCCGAUGAGGAAGAACCCUUCAAGAUCGAUGAAGACGAGCAGGGCUUUUCACUCAGAGUUGUCCCCCAUCCAGGAGAUGCCGAAGCAAACUUUGUCUGGGCAGAGCUGGGCAUCAGGCUGACUGGUGGAUAUCCUGAGGCGCCAUGCGCUCUCCGAGUCAAGGAGACAAAGGGGCUGUCAGUCCCUGACAAACGUGCCUUGUCAAAGGCAUUGCACCGCGCUCUUGCGCAGCAUGCACAGCAGGAGGAGGUCUGCGCCUUUGACCUGGUGGAGGCAUGCCAGGAGUUCUUGCAGCAGCGCAACAAGCCCUCCAAGGAUGAGGCGGAGGAGGCCGCAUCGAUCUCCCUCUGGCACGACAUGCAGCGGAGGGACGCGCCAAGCAGCGGAGCCAGCAGCGAGACUGGGGACGACCUGUAUGUGGAUCAGGCAGCCUGGGGCUCCGCAGGCGCGGGAGGGCUCUUUGACACAGUUGCCCCUACUGACCCAGCCAAGCCCUCCAGUGCUGCCUGGGCCGCAGCUCGCCCUUUGCAGGCCUCCAAUCCCACACCUCCAGCAAGGUUGGCACCGGAUCGCAGCACUGCCAGCCUGCAGAAGAUGCCGCUGGGCCCUGCAGCUGACCUGGCAGCGAGGAGGGACAGCGGCACGCAGCUGGCUUCUGCCGUGGAUAUUCCACGGGCCCCAAGCGACUACAAGAGCCCCGACCAGAAGCAGGUGGACGGCGCCCAGGCAGAGCCGCUCCAGCCGGCGGGUCAGAGGCCCGCUGGCCACAGCGCAGCAUCUGCAAGUAUAAGUCACAAGCGCUCGAGCGGCAGCGGGGACCGCAGCGAGCCCUCGAGCAGCAUGGUGGGGAAUCUGAUCAGCACCAUGCGCACCGGCUUCAGCCGCGUGAUGGCCGCGCUGCCGCCGGCGCUGCGGCGCACGCUGCGGGACGGCUCGGCGGGGAGCAGCGCGGCGGGGAGCGAGGAGGAGGGUGAGGAAGGCGAUGCAGGGGAGCGAACGCGCGAGGAUAUCAAGAAGGACCUUCUGCUGGGCCACCUGCUGGGCCUGUUGACUGAGGGCGGAGAGGGCAUGCCAGCACAUGCGCUGCCCGCCCUCGCCUCCAGCCUGGCCGACAGCGGCCUGCUGCCGCGCUGGGUGCAGGUGUCCCUGGUGCAGCAGCCAGCGCUCUUCGACCGCGCCUUCCAGAGGCUCUUCAGCAAGGAGGUGGCCAAGGUGGCUGCUGAGACCUCUGUCGGCGGGGCAGGCGGCGGCGGCGGCGGCGGCGGCAUGGGCCGCGAUCCUGCAGCCUCCUGGGUUCUGGACCGCUUCUGGCAGCGCCCCUCUGCCAAGGCGCCCCUGGCGCGGCCCCCGGCCGCCCCUCGCGCCGGCGAAGAGACCUCCAGAUACCUCAGCGACUUCCAGGAGCUGCGGACGCUGGGCAAGGGCGGGUAUGGGCUGGUGGUGGCGGCGGUGAACCGGCUGGACGGGCGCCAGUACGCGAUCAAGAAGAUCAAGAUGCCCUCCUCCGCGCCGGCCGCCUACUCGCGCCUCAUGCGCGAAGUGGCCACGCUCGCUCGCCUGCAGCAUGCCUUCAUCGUGCGCUACUUCCAGGCGUGGUGCGAGGCGGGCGUGGGGGACAUACCCAUGGACACGGAUGUGGACACAGAUGCUGGGGACUGGCUGGCAGAGACAUCCGAGAGCCAGUCGCACGCUGUGGCACCCUCCAUGCGCCAGCUGGCCUUCACCGGGCUUGACACUGUGCAGGAGGUGUCAUCUGAAGGCACCCCCACGUCAGCACCCACACAGCAUGGCACGGUCAUCAGGCAGCUGCUGGCUGGGCUAGCAAAUAUCCACAGCCAAGGCAUUAUCCACAGGGACCUGAAGCCGGCGAACAUCUUCUACGAUGCGCGAGGAGACAUCAAGCUGGGGGACUUUGGCCUGGCCAAGUUUGCCGCCGUGCCAGAGGCCGAGGAGGAGGCAGGAGAGAGAGGGGGCGUCGGCGGCGCAGCUCAGAGGCCCGAUGCAGAUUCGCAGCACGGGAGCGCUCUGGGGGAGACUACCGGCCGUGUGGGCACCUCCUUCUACAUCAGCCCAGAGGUGGCGAAUGGAUGGGCGCGCUACGAUGACAAGGUGGACAUAUUCAGCCUGGGCAUCGUGGCGUUUGAGCUGUGGCAUCCGUUUGCGACGGGGAUGGAGCGCGUUGCGCUGCUGCGGGACCUGCAGGGCCACGGCGUCAUGCCCGCCGAGUGGGAGGCCGCCCACCCCCAGGUGGCGCGGCUAAUCAGGUGGCUGACAGCGGCGAAUCCUGCGGACCGGCCCAACGCGCGCGAGGUGCUGCGCAGUGAGCUGCUGCCCCCAACCGUGGGGGAUGAGCAGCUGACUGACCUGCUGCGUUCCCUCCCAGACAACUUGGAUGCGUAUGAGCGUGUGGUGGACGCCAUAUUCAGCAUGCCAAGCGACCUGCUGGUCCAGGACGAGGUCCCAGGCACACCUAACUCCCUGCAGGUGUCAGCGCGCAAUGCGGUGGUGGAUGUGAUAGAGAGGGUGUUUGAGGUGCACGGCGCGGUCCCAAUGGACAGCUCUGACGUGGGCUUCUGCCCCAUCGAUGCACCCGCAGACAUCGCUGCCAUGCUGUCCACCAGCGGCGCCCGCCUGGCCAUGAGGCAAGCACACCUCAGCUUGCACCUGCAUUCUACCCAACAAUCUCCUGGCCCGCUCUCCCUCCCUCCAUGCAGGAAGUAUGAGCUGCGGGCUCCCUUUGCAGCCUGGCUGGCGAGGCAAGCAGCCUCCGGCGUGCGUAGCUCUGCCAUCCUGGAAGCCAUGCGCAGAUACGAGGUGGCGUGGGUGAGGAGGCGGGGCGUGGGGCGUUGCCUACCGCGCGCAUACCUGCAGGCCGACCUCGACAUCGUCACCCUGCCGGGCUCCACUCCAUCAGAGACACUGCUGGCGGACGCAGAGGUCAUCCGCACUGUGUCUGAGGUGAUGGACGCGCUGCCGGAGUGGUCUGGUGAGCUGGAGGUGCGCUUGGGCCACCGCUCCCUCCUGGACGCCUCACUCACGCACGCCCACGUACCCAAGGAGCUGCGGGGGAGCGCGCUGCGGCUGCUGGCAACAGGAUUGGCGCCGUCGCCGAGGACAGCAGGAGCGCGCUCCAAGCACUGGCCGUCCAUCCGCGUCGCCCUGGAGGGCCUCGGUCUCUCCGGCAACGCCGUCGCCGGCUGCAAGCAAUUCCUGCUGCAGGUGCCGGGCGAGGCGGAGGCUGCGCUGCACCGGCUGCACGCAAAGCUGGUGGACGCGCCGACCGGGGCGCGGCGGCCGUCGGGGCAGGUGCAAGCGGCGCUGGAGGCGGUGCGGCUGGUGACGGCGCACCUGCGCGCCUGGGGCCUGCCGGCCGCCCAGGUCGUUGUCGACCCCCUGCUGCGGCCCCACGCCGACUACUACACCGGCGUCGUGCAUCUGGUUCAGCCAGGCACUGGCGCAUCCUCCCUGCUUGCUGUGGGCGGGCGCUACGAUGGGCUGCUGAAGUCGCUGUGGCCGCCUGCGAUGGGGACGCCCAUGGGCGCCGUCGGUGUCACGCUCAACGUGGAGCGCCUCUUUGUGCUGGCCGCGCCGCAUCCCAGACGGGGCCGCCCACCCGCACUGCAAGCCUCCCAGGCGGAGGUGCUGGUGUGCGCGAAGGGCGGCGGAGGUCUGCUGAGGGAGCGCAUGGCGCUAGCGGCGUUGCUGUGGGAGGCGGGCGUGCGAGCGGAGCUGGUGCACAGCGCGUCCCCCAGCCAGACCGCGCAGUACGAGUACGCGGGCGCUCGCCACAUCCACUGGCUUGUCACCAUCAACGCAGCCACCUUCUCCACCACCGACACCGUCCGCGUGAAGAAUCUCGAGCGGCGCACGGAGGAGGACGUUCCCUACAGCGAGGUGGCCAGGUUCCUGGCAGCCGCACUGCCUCGCCUGCAGCAGAAGGAGGCCAUCAUCUCGCGGCAGCAGCAGCAGCGCGAAAUGGCGGCAGCCGCGCAGGAGGAAGCCGAUGAUCGCCCUGGAUUUGAAGACAUGCGCCGAGGCUCCAGGAAGUUUGAUCGCAGAUAA